UGAAGCGCAAGUGAUUUUGUUUCGAGUUCUCAAAAGUGAUUUUUGUAAACAGUUUCGAGAUUAAAUUCGUUGACAACACAUUUCAUUCGGUAUCAAUUUCAAUGAUGUUUUUGAUUGAAACUUGACAACUUCAAAACGAAGAAUUACAAACUGAUAUUCUUUAUUAUCUAAUCUAAAAAACCAUUUAAACUGACGAGCCACUCAAUACAGUAACGGGGUUUUGUGUUGUAUUCAAUCGAUAAAAAUAAAUACGUUUUCUUUGUGUGUUAAAUUAAAUGCAAGUUGUUGUUUUGUCUUCUGUUUCGUGAAAUAUGUUCCAACUUAUUAUUCUGAGAACGCUUUAAGUAAUUUAUAUGUGGUCAAGUGAGCAAUAGCUGUAGUGAACUUAUUAUUAGACAUAUAUUUCUUUGGCCGAUCACGCUGUUUUAUAUUUCAUCAAAAAGACUUAAGGAAAUGAAAAUAAACGAGCUAGUGGGACGAGUAUUACGUUGUUGUGCACAUAACAUUCAAUAAACUCAAUUCAGAUAAAUAAAAAAUUACUAGAAUUAAUCAACUAAGAGUGAAAACGUUAAAUUUUGACCGUUUUUUGUGAAUGUGAUCAGAACAUAAACGUUGGCAUUUCAUACUUGUUGCGCAAUAUAUGUAAACAGCUUGCAGCAAGGAAAUGAAUGCGCUUCUUUUAGAUACUGACAGUAAAUAAGAUGAAUUGACUUGAAUAUUAAAAAUGACGACGACAGCUGGAGUACACAAAACGUUGAAGUUACCUGAAUUCAACAUAUUGACACUUGUUGUAUUUUAUAUUACGAUUAUUGAAUGCAGGUUACAGGAUAUACCUCACGGUUCUUUAACAGAUUUAAACGUAGAAACAAUUGUUUUCGGAAAAGAUGGAUUGCAAGCGAAUAUUAGUUGGAAAUCGGCCGAUCUACAAGGCCGUAAAUUGGACGUAGGCUUGAUUCCUGUGGUGGAUGAAUAUUGUACAAACCGUAAACCAUGCCGUGAAUACGGAUUACUCUCGAAUGUGACUGAGAUACUGUUGCCAAAGAAUCCAUUGAUAGAGCUUGAGCACCAUGAGUGCUCCGUUAUGGCGGGCUGUUCGUACGAAGUAAAAAUCGAAACCGCAGAUCUAACAAUAAAACAAACGACGAAUUAUACCGUUCCUGAUUGCGUGAGUGAUGUAUGCUCUUGUAAACAUGAACAUAAACUUCCCACAAUGUUUCUUAACGCUACUGUCGAUUCUCAAAAUCUAAAGAUUUAUUGGAGAGUAAAUGAAAGCUCGGAAAAUGUAUCGUUGAGCAGCGUUUUUAUCAGUGUUCAUUACCAGAGUAAUCCAUCGCUUCGUUGGGGCGGCCAAACGAAACAACUUGAUGUUGACCACAUACAAUUGCAAAACACAACCAACAAUACCGAAAUCGAUGAUGGAUAUCAUUACGUAGAUUUGACCAAAGAAAUGAUAAAUGCAACGGAAUUCGGAUUAUUGGUUCGUGCUCAUGUCGUUGAUCAUAUUGGGUGUGAGGGCAAAGAAAGCAAUGUCACAUAUAAGGUUUUGCCAAACAGAAAACUCACAAUAGUUUAUGCUAGCAAUAGUUAUGUGAAAUUAUUCUUCAUAUUCUUUUCCGUUGUAAUUGUGUUGUUGGUGAUUGGAUUCACUUUGACAUACCGACACAUACAGCAUUUACUCCAGACCAAAUCAUUUGUGAAAAACUGGCGUGGAAUCUAUCAAAAUGUACCAAAUGUCGGAUUCAGGGCAAUCAAAUUUCAAGAGAAUUUCCUGUAUGGCGAAGCGUUUCAGCAUUGUGAAAUUCCGCAUUCAGCUUUAAAAUUUAGUCACAACAUUGGAAAGGGGAACUUCGGGAGUGUAUAUUUGGCUGUUGCUGACGGAAUUGGGCCAGCAAAUAAUUCGGGCCUGGUAGCUGUAAAAAAGCUUAAAAAAAAUCAUAACAUUGAAGAAAAGGACGAAUUUCUCGAGGAAAUUGCAACGAUGAAGAAAGUCUCACACCCAAAUAUAGUUGCUCUCAUCGGAUAUUGUACAACAAAACAGCCAAUGUUUAUAGUGAUGGAGUAUGUGGGCUGUGGCGAUUUGCUAAACUAUUUGCGUAGGUUGCGUGAACAGCAUGAAUCGAAAAUGUCUGCAAUCAAUCGUAUGCUGUGUCAACAACGAAAACCAACAACAAAUCGUCACAUAACAAAUAGUAGCACCAGCAGCACAAUAAACUUAUUGUCACAAAGCAGUAAUGUCAAUAAAAGUAUUAAAACUUACACAAACUUAUCAAAAGGGGGUUGCAACAGCAAUCGCACAUCGGUGUCAAGUUUAAAUAACAAUCCAAUCACAGUAACCACAUUAAAUAAACUUGAAAUGGAAGUAAAUUAUUUGGAGUUAUGCCAUUCAUCAAGCAGUUACUCAGACGCAUCAUGUUCCACAAAACCGGAAAGCAUCGCAUCAACCAAACGAAUUUCAGAUACUGACAAUUACACAGUAUUUCCCCAAGCUAUAUCACUUGAAUGUGUGCUCGACCAUAAGGAAUUACAUUGCUUUGCUGUUCAAAUAGCUCGUGGUAUGAGACACCUAGAAGAACGGCGUAUUAUUCAUCGUGAUUUGGCUGCACGCAACAUACUCAUUGAUGAAAACAAACAGCUGAAAAUUUCGGAUUUUGGUUUGUCGAAGACAACUAUCUAUGUGGCGCAACGCACAAAAAAGGUACCCAUCCGAUGGAUGGCAAUUGAGGCAUUACGUGAGAGUGUUUAUACCGACAAAAGUGAUGUUUGGAGUUUUGGUGUAGUACUAUGGGAAAUUGGGACUUUAGGUGGAAUCCCCUAUGCAAAUUUAUCCAACGAACUGUUACUAAAAUACUUGGUCGAUGGAUAUCGCAUGCCACGGCCGGAAAUAUGCUCAGAGCAACUGUACAAAUUAAUGCAGCAAUGUUGGUCAGAAAGUCCUUUUAAUCGGCCAUCUUUCUCGGAAAUUGUUCAACGAUUGGAAAACACCGAAAGAGAUGAACAUAUUUAUGUAAAUUUUGAUGAAAUCGCGCCAAACUACGUGUUUCCACCUACACGCGUUACUGAAUCAGAUAAAACGGACAAAACAUCCGCUGAUUAAAAAAUAAAUUUUCGCCAGCACAUUGUUUGCUGAGUACAUUUAAACAGGAUAUGAACACUGUGAUAUUUCCCAAAAGCGGCGGAACUAGCUGUGAAUGAUGAUUAUAUUUUAUUCCAGCUCUGUCGUUGAAGCAAUUUGCAAACAAAUAGCUGUGAAUUCAAGCUGAUUGGAAUUGUGUACACUAGGAUUUCAAGUGAAUAUUUUAAGGAAAUGAUCAAUGGAAUAUAUUUUUAAAUACUUAUAAACCUUAGACACUUAAUUUUGCUUGUCUGUUUCAACCAAGGUUUCAACACACAGACAUAUCGAAGUUUGUUUAAAUGGUUGUCACUCAUUAUUUGAAAUUGCUGUGUAUAUUAGGCGAAUACAUUUUUAUUGAUAGCCAAGUUAUCAAAUGAAAAAAAUGUUAGUGAAGAAUCAAUUGUAUUUUGUGAGGGUACGUAUGUUGGAGCAUUUAAAUGGAUUUAAAUUUUAAUUUAAUUCUAAAUUUUUAAUUAUGAAUGUCCAAAAUGAAAUCAUUCGGUUUCAAAUCAAAGUUGCUGUUUAUUGAU